CUCUUCCUUUCUUGCUACCAUCACAAUCAGUGCAAGUAGUCUGUCUGAAACAAACCGCAAAACGACUUUUAGGCGACCAGGCUGACAUAUAAACUCGACUUCGCCUCGCAGUGAGUAUUAUUUUACAGGACCGUACUAUCUAUUAAUAUCUUGCCUGAAGACGGCAGUCCGGCUUUCAGAAGGAGGAUGUUAAGGGAGGUCUAGGCCGGAUAAGCGGGAAGGUUCGAUCCAGACAGCCUCGACCACCGUAGGAUACUUAUAGCAUCGACCAGUGAUGUGUUGAUGGCUCGUCCUCGUAGCAUGGUAUUAACCUCAACACGAACCUCAUCCCUCAGAAAUGAGGAGAAUCCAACAAUGUACUCGUCACAAUUCACAGAUAAAUCUUCUUCGAUGAAGGCCUCGCGGAGUCUGUAUAUGAAGAUUGUAGCAGGGGGAACACUUGCCAUGACCGUUGUCAUGUUUUGUGUGUUUUCAAUAUACUGGGGCGCCGUCUGGAAGAUACCGGCUCAUAAUCUACAGGGGUGGGUUGUGGACUUUGAUGGAUCGACAGUGGGAAACGCGAUUGUGAAGGGUCUCGUGUCAUCGUCGUCAAAGGUGACUUGGACAGAACGGUCAUCGAGCGAAUUCUCUGGCCCUGAAGAGGUCGCAAAUCUAAUCGUUGAUCAGAAGGCUUGGGUUGCUGUUGUUGUCAAUUCCAACGCCACGAUGGCUCUGCAAUAUGCCUUGUCGUCAGUAAACUCUUCAUAUGACGGCUCAGAAGCCAUUACAGUCUAUGCUGUUGAAGCCCGCAACGAAAAUGCAUACCGUUCUCUAGUACGUCCAUCUGUGCAAACAACGCUCGCCAUAAUCUCUCAGGUCUUUGCCCAAUCCUUUCUUCGGCAAGUCGCGUCGUCGUCGUCGAGCACCUUAGCAUCAAUAUCAACCACCGCACCCCAAAUAUUAACGGAGCCCAUCAGUUAUACUAUUAACAACUUACGCCCUUUUGAUGUACCUGUUGCCAGUGCCAUCACCUUCGUCGGUCUUAUCUAUGUGCUGGUGUUGUCAUUCUUCAUUGUUAACUUCUGCGCCGCUGCUCGUGAACUAUCGGGACUAGAGAAAUCAUUGACAACAGGCUCUCUUAUCAGGGUCAGGAUGGUCUCAAGCUUCCUCGCAUAUUUUGCGCUGUCGCUGUUUUACUCACUGCUCAGUCGAGCCUUCCAAGUAAACUUCUCCAGAGUAUUGGGACCUGCCGGGUUCCUCGUUUUCUGGAUGGCGAACUUUGCUGGGAUGCUGGCGGUGGGGCUGGCACUUGAGGCCAUGAUGACGCUUAUGACUUUGAGAUUUGUCGCUUUCUUCAUGAUAUUAUGGAUUAUUGUUAACGUAUCGGUAUGUUUCAUGCCCAUCGACGUCCUACCGCACAUAUUCCGCUAUGGAUAUGCGUUCCCAUUCUAUAACCUGUCGGGCGCUGUUAGAACAAUUGUAUUUGGAACGAAGAACCAACUUGGAAUGCAAUUCGGUAUCCUAAUAGCGUGGACUGUGAUAUCGAUGAUUACUAUCCCGCUAAUCCAGUGGUUGAUGCGAAGAAAAGCUGUUGCUCGAUGGCGAGCGCAACAGGCAGGGGUCAAAGCUUGAUCCAGGUUGGGCAUAUAUUUUUAUACUAUUAUUUCUUUUUAUAAUUAGAGGUUUAUGAUACUUCUGCGGGUGUUAACCUAACAGCUAUGGUCUUGGGCGGUGAUUGCCUUUUGUGGCUAUUGGGAUCGGAAAUCGGGACUCGGGACUCGGGCUCCAAGAUUAUAUUUUCUCUUAACCACUCAUCUGAGCUAUUCUUCAGAAUAUUACGAAAUAAUUAAUCGCUAUUCCACCAGGGAUUUUCAGUAGGGAU